GAUAUUUCAAUUUAUUUCUAUAUCCAAAAUGACUUAAAUCCAAGUAAUUGAUCUAAUGACCGAAAUCUGUUUUGAUCUCAUAAAUUCAAGGUAAAAUCUAUCUUACAAAAGCAUGAUUUAUUUCUAAAAUCUAUAUCAAUCUCGAAAUGGCUAGCCUUCUAACUCGUCACUUCCCGUGGUUUUCCCGUACUCAGUUUCGCUUCAUGAAAUGGUGGACUAGGAAAAACUACGAGAUACACUCAGUGGCACUUAUCAGAAAAUGGUAACCAUUGCAUUUCGAGCUCAGAUUGGCAGGAACUUAGAGGUCUAUGUUGAUGAUAUUGUUGUGAAGAGCUUGAAAGCUGAAGAUCAUAUAGUUGACCUAAAGGAAACUUUCACUAAUUUGAGGAAGAACAGAAUGCGGUUAAAUUCGGCCCAAUGUAUCUUUGGAGUGGAAUUUGGAAAAUUUCUAGGUUUCAUGGCUUCCAGAUGGGGUAUUGAAGUUAACCCAAAAAAGAUCGAAGCGAUAAAGGACAUAGGACCUCCCAGGUCGGUGAAAGAGGUGUAGAGGCUAACUGGUAGGGUGGCAGCCCUCCAUAGAUUUGUUUCCAAAUCUGUUGACAAGUGUCUCCCAUUUUUCAAGAUUAUGAGAUCGGUGACUCAAAAAGACGAAUCUGGCAAAUAGAGGAAGUUUGAGUGG